GUUUCCUCUCACAGUACGAGAUGUGUGAAUGAUCACUAUAGCAGAUAUUAUUCAUCUGGAUCAGAUCAUGAAGAUCAUACAGCUGCAGAUCUAUCUGUUCAUGUUGUAUCAAGCCUCAGAGAGUCUAACAAACACACCAGUAACUUUAGGAUCUGAUGUGAAUAUAACCUGUGAUCUUGAUAUAGAGGAGAUUUACUGGUACAAACUGAAAUUACCGGAUCCUCCAGUGUUGAUUUUACGCACUUUCAGCAACACAUAUGAAGGAGGUAAAUAUGAAAACAUCGCCUAUAAACACAAAUACUCAGUGAAAACUAACAGUCGUCUGUUCAUCAAGAAUAUCACCAUUGAUGAAUUAGGAGUUUAUUAUUGUGUGAAAACUAGUGAACCACCAAAAAUCAGCAACGGCACCAAAAUCUACAUCAGCGACUUUGUCCAAAAGAAUAUUACAGACUCGGUCGACAGGAAUCAGACAGAAGACGCUCCACAACAGCAGAUACCAUGGAGAAAUAUGACCAUCUUAUCUGUCCUCCUGAAUGUGCUUCUGAUCAUUGCAUUAAUAGGUGUGGUGAAGAACUGCCUUCAUGCUAAAUCUAAAAAUAGUUCAGAGAAACCACCAAGCACCACUGUAGCUCAGUAUGCUGCAGCCGAAUCAUCCAUGCCUCCCGCUGGAAGCAGGCCUAGUUCCCAGGAUGAGCUCUACUCUCUUCUACAGCCAGUGAAAACGUAAUAAUGUAUGAUAUUUAAUGAUUUAUAAUAUUCAUAAUAUAAAACACAUGUGUAUAUAUUUGUAUAUAAAAAUAUAAAUUUUAACAUUUCUGUACUUCUAUUUGUGGGAAUUCAUAGAUUUAAACUCUUUAGUUGCGUAUUCUGAUUCGUAUCAAAUGCAGAGUAAUGAACAUGA